UUUCAUUUUUCGAGAUCUCACUUUAUUACUGUUGCCCAAUUUUCUGUUGUAUUGUUCAACUUUAUAUUACUGAUUUGAAGUCUUGCUGGAGAAGCCUGAAAAAGAAGAGCAAGGCGGUAUCAAAACAGCCUCAGAUAAUAGGUGACCUUCGGUGUUGGUUUCCUGAAGAAUCCAGAGAAACAGACCUGCUCAGCGGGAUGGACGGCAAAGGCUCCUACCAGGUGAAGGGCUGGAAGCUCACACAGCAGCAGUUUGUGGCCCUUCUGUGGAAGAGGCUGCUGAUUGCCAGACGGAGUCGGAAGGGAUUCUUUGCUCAGAUCGUCCUGCCAGCUGUAUUUGUCUGCAUUGCCCUGGUGUUCAGCUUGAUCGUGCCCUGCUUUGGCAAGUCCCCCAGCCUGGAACUUCAGCCUUGGAUGUACAAAGAACAGUACACAUUUGUCAGAAACAUGCCCUGCUCCGUGGGGGAGGAGGAGUGGACCACCGCUCCGGUCCCCCAGACCAUCGUGGACCUCUUCCAAAAGGGGAACUGGACGAUGGAGAACCCCUCACCCACCUGCCAGUGUAGCAGUGACAAAAUCAAGAAGAUGCUGCCCGUGUGUCCCCUGGGGGCAGGGGGGCUGCCUCCUCCACAGGAGGAGCAUGUCACGGACAUCCCUGUGUCCAUCUGUGUCAUCUUUGAGAUGUUCUUCGUCUCAAGCCAGCUCUGUUGUGUUCCUGAUCCAGGAGUGGGUCCGUGAGGCCGAGCACCUGCAGUUCAUCAGCAGAGUGUAGACUGUCACGUACUGGCUCUCCAGUUUCGUGCGGGACAUGGUAAGAACACCCACCUGCUGCUGCUUUCUAAAUCUCCGUGUCAGGGCUAUGGAUUGGAUGAAAGAGGCCCUGUCUCUUCUAAGUGUUCUAGCUAAUCUAAAGAUGAAUGAAAAAGGGAAAGGCAGAAGCAACUGUAUAUUUUCAUGACACAGA